AUGUCGCAAUCGCCCGCCCUAAAAGCUGUACUAACAUAUGCACAGAUGGCUAAAUCUCUACUCGAUCUACCUCAGGAGCUCCGCGACAUGAUCUACGAGUACGCACUCACGGAAGAUGAGGGUCUUUUCGUCCAACGAUGGCCUGCGAUGCACCUCAAGGCGGCCGGCGCCACGUACAGGACUGAUCCAAACCAGCUGAAGUUCACCUGUCGACAGCUCUACGCCGAGACGACUGGACUGAGCCUGCGAUACAACGAGUUGAUCUUCGAUGAUUGCGCCAGCUUCGAUACAUUCGACGAAUUUACAGGGACCUACUGUACAAGUGCGCAUUUCGAGCGUGUCAAGAGAAUCGUCAUCGUUCAGGAAAGAUAUAUCAAGAUACACCAAGAGCUGAACAGAGCGCAUGCCAUCUGCGAAGCCUAG